GCACCUGUUUUUCUCUUGUAAGCAACAAAAACGUUUUCUUUUACUCAAAAACUCAGCCCAAAAUUAACCGAAGAUCCCGAAAUCUGAAAACUCGUAUGUUUCUUCUGGGUUUUCUGGGCGUUCCGUUCUGUUCGUUAACUUUCCGGAAAUAGAAACUUCCAUCAAACAAAAGAUUUUGUCGGAUAGGUAGCGGAGUGGCCUCUCUCUCUCUCUCUCUCUCUGCCACCUUAUCCACAUGUUUGUAAAUUUCUACCCAAUCCGAAUCCCAUUCAAUCUAAUCGAGGCGGCGUCACCACACCGAUAUCUUUAUCCCUUCACACUUCCCAAAAACUCCCAUAAUUCAAUCCAAUCCAAUCAAUUGGGUGGUAUUUUAGGUUUCGUUAAUCCAAUCCCGUCACCUGUUAUUUGUUGUUUGCAAUUUCAAUUUCUGAUCUGAGAACCCUUUUGUUUGUUAAUUUGAUUGCCUUGGGGAUUUGAUCAAGUUCAUAGGGCUUUUUGUUGGGCAAGGAUUUGGAAAGUACCCACCUAGCUGUUAAGCUGGUGGGGUUGCUGGGAAUUUGGGGAUUUGGGGUCAAAGUUUGUGUCUUUUGAAUGCGUUCGGCAGAAUUCUCUGGGAUUUGGAAAGCUUCAAAGACGUGGAAAAUUGGUAAUAUUUCAUCUGCAACUAGUUUUUCAAUGCAUUUGAGCUAAAAGGUUGAAGCAUUAGAUAAUUCUGUUGUUGAACAUUUUGAAUCAUUGUGCUCUUAGUUCUUCAUACAUCCAGGAUUGUUUUGUUAUUCUUUCGAAAACAUUGAGGGCUCGAAAACCGUAUUGUAGUUGUAAAGUCUGUUGUAGAUUUUAUAGCUCUUCAGCUUUGUUGCCAUAGAAAUAGAAAUACAGAGAUUUUACUUACUCUGGAAACAUGGACAUAAGUAAUGAGGCCAGUGUUGAUCCGUUUCCAAUUGGACCUUCAACCAUUGUUGGCCGGACAAUCGCUUUCAGGGUUUUAUUUUGCAAGUCAAUGUCACAUCUGAGGCAUCAAAUAUUUCGUACGUUUUUGAGUCUUGUCUAUAGAUUCAAAAACUUUUUGGCUCCCAUGUUCUCAUGGUUGCAUCCUCGAAACCCUCAAGGGAUAUUGGCAAUGGUGACAAUCAUUGCUUUUUUGUUGAAACGAUACACGAAUGUCAAAGUCAAGGCGGAAAUGGCUUAUCGGAGGAAAUUUUGGAGAAAUAUGAUGAGAACUGCAUUGACCUAUGAGGAGUGGGCUCAUGCCGCUAGGAUGCUUGAUAAAGAGACACCAAAGAUGAAUGAAUCAGACCUUUAUGAUCAAGAAGUAGUUAGGAACAAGCUUCAAGAGCUCCACCACCGUCGUGAAGAGGGUUCGCUCAGAGAUAUUAUGUUCUGCAUGCGAGCGGAUCUUGUUAGAAAUCUCGGUAACAUGUGCAACCCUGAGCUUCACAAGGAGAAACUUCAUGUUCCCAAACUCAUUAAGGAAUACAUUGAUGAGGUAACAACUCAGUUGAGAAUGGUUUGUGAUUCGGACUCAGAAGAGCUCUCGUCAGAAGAGAAGCUGGCUUUCAUGCAUGAAACAAGGCAUGCUUUUGGGAGAACUGCCUUGCUGUUGAGUGGGGGUGCUUCUCUUGGAUCUUUCCAUGUCGGUGUUGUUAAAACACUGGUCGAACAUAAGCUUUUGCCAAGAAUAAUCGCUGGUUCCAGUGUAGGAUCCAUUAUGUGUUCUGUUGUUGCCACUAGGUCUUGGCCUGAGCUCCAGAGCUUUUUUGAAGAUUCUUGGCACUCAUUGCAGUUUUUUGAUCAAAUGGGCGGGAUUUUUACAGUUGUCAAGAGGGUCAUGACACGUGGGGCAGUUCAUGAGAUCAGGCAGUUGCAAAUGAUGUUAAGGCAUCUAACAAGUAACCUGACAUUUCAAGAAGCUUAUGACAUGACAGGUCGAAUUCUUGGGAUAACUGUUUGCUCCCCAAGGAAGCAUGAGCCACCUAGAUGCCUUAACUACUUGACUUCACCUCAUGUUGUUAUAUGGAGUGCAGUGACAGCUUCUUGCGCUUUUCCAGGCCUUUUUGAGGCUCAGGAACUAAUGGCAAAGGAUAGAAGUGGAGAGAUUGUUCCAUAUCAUCCUCCAUUUAAUUUGGGUCCAGAGGAGGGGUCGAUGCCAGUGCGUAGGUGGAGAGAUGGUAGUUUGGAGAUAGAUUUACCUAUGAUGCAGCUGAAAGAACUGUUCAACGUUAAUCAUUUUAUCGUCAGUCAGGCAAAUCCUCAUAUUGCACCAUUGUUACGGCUAAAGGAAUUUGUGAGAGCUUGUGGAGGCAACUUCGCUGCUAAGCUUGCUCAUCUUGCUGAAAUGGAGGUGAAGCAUAGAUGUAACCAGAUCCUGGAGCUUGGUUUUCCAUUAGGUGGAAUUGCCAAGCUGUUCGCUCAAGAUUGGGAGGGUGAUGUUACUGUUGUAAUGCCGGCCACACUUGCUCAGUACUCAAAAAUCAUACAAAAUCCAACAUAUAUUGAGCUUCAAAAGGCAGCCAACCAAGGUAGAAGGUGCACUUGGGAGAAGCUCUCGGCCAUAAAAGCAAAUUGUGGCAUUGAGCUUGCUCUUGAUGAGUGUGUUGUAAUUCUCAACCACAUGCGUAGACUCAAAAGGAGUGCAGAAAGAGCUGCGGCUUCUUCUUCUCAUGGCCUAGCUAGUACAACCAAAUUCAGUGCAUCUAGGAGAAUUCCAUCUUGGAAUUGCAUUGCUCGAGAAAAUUCAAGUGGUUCCCUUGAAGAAGACCUCAUUGGAGAUGGUGGUUCCUCAUUCCAUCAUGGUGUUGGCGCAUCUACCAGUGGAGUUCAUUCUGGUAAAAGUUUUCAAACCCACCGUAAUUUAUAUGAUGGAAGUGACAGUGAAUCUGAGAGUGUCGAUUUCAAUUCUUGGACAAGAUCUGGUGGACCCUUGAUGAGGACAACGUCAGCAAAUAAGUUCAUCGACUUUGUUCAAAAUUUGGACAUUGAUGCUGAAUUGAACAGAAGUGUGCUGACAAGUCCGAAGUCAAUGAUGGUUCAGAUGGGAGGCAAUAACCAUUAUUAUCAAAGCUCAAGAGGUACAACACCAGAAAGAAGUCCUGAAAGCAUAAAAUUUGACAAGAGGGAGUUUGGAAGCAUGGUUUCAGGAAACGGUUCUAGCAUUACGGUGACUGAAGGUGAUCUCUUGCAGCCUGAAAGGAUACAUAAUGGAAUUGUAUUCAAUAUUGUGAAGAAAGAAACAUUUUCAAGUGGGAGUAGUCAUGACUUGGAAAAUUACGGCAGUGAAGUAGCUGAAUGUGUGCAACUUGACAGUCCGGAAAAGGACAUGGAUGCUGGGUCUGUAUCUGAAUAUGGUGAUGCCGAUAUCACUUCAGAAGCCUUCUUAAAUGAAACGGAACCUAAUUGCCAGUCGGUGGAUCAACCUAAAGUAGAUGAUUGUAUUCAUCAGAGCACUGUGGAUGGCUAAUUUUAAGGCCUUUAGGAGUAGGCCGGAAGUUGAACAUCGUGGUUGGUUGAUUGCGGACGGGUCACUACUAGUUGCUGUUAUAAUAUUGUCAUCUAGUGGGGAAGGAUCAAUGGAGGUUAUAUUCUAUGCCUAGAAUGCUACGAACUUGGCAAUCAUAUGUAGAGGAUGGCCAACAUAAUAUAUAAAAGAAAGCAACAAAAUCACAUAAAUGCUUCAAAUUAGUGGUUGAAACUUUGAUUUUAAGAAAUGCGAGCGAAGGUAAGUUACGUCUUCUCGUGGAAAUGCUUGAAAUGGAAUGAAAUUAUGUCUUUCUUUGA